UGUUUUCAAUUUACAGGCCACGCUUGGUUAGCAUGACCUCUUUGAUUUGGUGUUUAACUAAGGAGAUUAUAUUCAGCACAUUCACGGUUGAAGCAGAUGCUGUAUCUGAGCAAGUACUAGGGAACCUAGAGUACCUUGAGAUUAAAGACGAACUGAUCAAGAAAGAAGAUCUUUGCAAACUUAGCCGUGCACUGGGCGUUUUGGCUUCCGCUUCUGUUGAUGGUAUGCUACAAAACUUGGAGAAAGAGAUUGAUGAUGAUGCCAAAAUUGGCAAAGGCUGGCUGCUUCUUGACAGGGAUCGAGAUGGAAAGGUCACACCUGAUGAAGUUGCAGCUGAUGCAAUGUACCCCAAGGACAGACUUGCCCUUCAACAACUAAUUAGCAGUCUCUCCAAAGAUAAAGGGAUGGUCAAAGUCAAUGAUUGGGAGGAUGAAAGCAGAAACGAAUUCCUGAGGCUGGUCAAGAAAGAAGUGGAGGGAAAAGAUGUUGAUGGUGAAAAGGCUGCAAUGAAGGCAUACAAAACAGCUAGUGACCAAAGUGAUGAAGUUUCUGAAGCAGACAAGGUUUCCUCUGCACUAAUGGAAAAGGUUGAUGGUAUGAUACAAAACAUGGAGAAGGAGAUUGAUGAUGUGAAAAUUGGCAAAGGCUUUCUUGACAGGGAUCGAGUUGGAAAGGUCACACCUGCUGCAUUGUGUACCUGAACAACUAAUCAGUAAUGGAUCCGGUUAACUGCAGCUUUUUUUUAUAAUGUACUUAAGAGAGCAAAACACAUUUUGCGUCUUCUUCACCUUACUUUCCCACGUUGAUUUUGUGUAAAGCUCUUGCGGAUUUAAUUGUUUUGUUCCGUCUUUUGUUUCUUGGAAACCCUCUGAGUUUUGGGAAUUUGCACAAUUACACUCUUAUUAUUUACAGUUACAACCUAUUAGUAUGUAUUAUGUCAACACAGUUCCCCUUUCUUAUCCCUUAAUUUAAACGGUGCAUUACCAUAA